CAGCAGGUCAUAAUGCAUCGCAGAAAGGAUAUUGUAACUUGGAAGAGGUUUGCGAUGAACCGGAACCUCCCGCAGGUCGAACAAGCUUCGAUAUCAACCAACUCUUCUUCUCUACGUAUGCCGUCAGAUAUGCGCAGCAUCACCACCCUCUCGGGCUCGGAACACCUCCGAUACUGCAUUCCCCUUGCUUCAGUACGACGCCACAGCCCAGUUCCUUAA